GUUCUGUGACGCGUGGGCCGUAGGGAUUCGUUCAUUUAAGCCCCAACGAUCCCGGCCACAAGUUCGUUACAGAAAGAAGCCUCAACCUUCCUCCUCUGUCCUCUCUCAGGAAUUCUCCACCCGUCUCCCUCCCCCCUCUCAGCACCUUCAACUCUCUCUCUCUCUCUCUCUAGCUUACGCGCCAAUCCACCACGGCACCACCCCAAUGACCCUCAACUCCAAUUUCCCCCUCCCCAUCCCUCACCUAAACUCCCCAUCACCGCCGCACCAAUCCCUCCCAAUCCUCCACCGAAGACCAUUCCAAGUCCACCACCGCCGCACGUGGAGGCGCCGCAGGCUCAAACCCAACCGAACCGCAUUACUAGUAGUCCGCAGCAGCCAAUUCAACAACCCCUUGCCCCUCUUCGAAAGUCUCUUCCAAGACUUGCUCUCCCAAUUCCCCUCGGUGAACUCCCUAGAUUUACUAGCCCCAUCACUUGGCCUCGCCUCCGGCGCCGCUUUAUACCUCUCCCGCCUGAAUUCCACAGCCAACCGAAACUCUCCGAUCUCCGAAAUCGGAGACUGGAUUCUCUUCGCCAGCCCGACGCCGUUUAACCGUUUCGUAAUGCUGCGCUGUCCCUCCGUAUCGUUCGAGGGAAGUGAGUUGUUAGAAAACGUCAGCGACAGGCUCGUAAAGGAGGAAAGGCAUUUUGUGAAGCUGAACAGCGGGAGGAUUCAAGUCAGGGGUGGCGGCGACGACGAUGUUUUGAACGAGAAAAAACUGGUGUAUCAGAGAGUGUGCGUGAGUACCGAUGACGGCGGAGUGAUUUCGUUGGACUGGCCGGUGAAUUUGGACUUGACGGAGGAGCGCGGGUUGGAUACGACGGUGUUGCUUAUACCGGGAACUGCCGAGGGGAGUAUGGAUAGCAAUGUCAGGUCGUUCGCAUGGGAGUCGUUGAAGCGAGGGUGUUUUCCGGUCGUGAUGAACCCUAGGGGGUGCGCUGGUUCGCCACUUACCACGCCACGGUUAUUCACAGCAGCUGACAGCGACGAUAUCUGCACAGCUAUACAGUUCAUUAAUAAGGCAAGGCCAUGGACAACAUUGAUGGGUGUGGGCUGGGGUUAUGGUGCAAACAUGCUAACAAAGUACCUCGCAGAAGUUGGAGAGAAAACACCCCUUACAGCUGCCACAUGCAUCGACAACCCUUUUGACUUAGAGGAGGCCUCAAGGUCCUCUCCAUAUCACAUAGCACUUGAUCAGAAACUGGCUGGUGGCCUGGUGGAUAUUUUGCGAUCUAACAAGGAGCUAUUUCAGGGCAAAGCUAAAGGGUUUGAUGUGGAAAAGGCUCUGGUGGCGAACUCCGUCCGAGAUUUUGAAAAGUCAAUAUCUAUGAUAUCUUAUGGUUUUGAGGCCGUAGAGGAAUUUUAUGCAAAAUCUAGCACAAGAAAUGUGGUUGGAAAAGUGAAGAUUCCUGUUCUCUUCAUACAGAAUGAUGAUGCAGUGGCGCCAUUGUUUUCUAUUCCACGCAGUUCGAUAGACGAAAAUCCAUUUACAAGCCUGCUAUUGUGUUCUUGUUUGCCAUCUAGUGUUAUUGCAAGUGGAAGAUGUGCUAUAUCAUGGUGCCAUCAUCUCACCAUUCAGUGGCUUGCAGCUGUGGAGCUUGGACUUCUAAAGGGCCGUCACCCUCUUUUGAAAGAUGUUGAUGUUACCAUCAAUCCUUCUAAAGGUUUAGCACUGUUGGAAGGCAGAGCAUCUGACAAAAAUGGCAGAGCAAACAAACUCCUCAAUCUUUCACAGUCAAAUGUUGUAAAUGGGUAUGCCGGUUAUCUUUUGCAAGAGAAGCUAGAGGAACAGGAUACCCCAGCUGGCAUUGGUCCAAGAUUUAGGCAAGAUCAACAGAGAAAUCCUGAAAUUGAAGAUAGAGGAUUGCAACAAGAGGCCAAUGAUACAUCAAAGCAGACUAUCCCUGUUGAUGCUGAAUCAGCCACUGAGGAAGUCCAUCCUGUUGACGUUGAAUCAAGCCAAGUUCUACAGACUGCACAAGUGGUCAUGAAUAUGCUUGAUGUAACCAUGCCUGGUACUCUGACUGAAGAACAGAAGAAGCAGGCCCUGAAUGCCGUGGGGCAAGGAAAGACAGUUAUGGACGCUUUGCAAGAUGCCGUGCCUGAAGAUGUUCGUGCAAAACUUACAAACGCUGUUUCUGGAAUAUUGAAUUCUCGGGGGACCAAUGAGAAACUUGAUGGACUAAUGAAUGUCGGUCCGAUUGUGGCAUCGGGGUUAAAUGCAAAGAUCCAGGAAAAUGUUGGGGGAGUAUCUAGUGGAGGAGGCAAUGAAGAUCCUCGUUCAUCAGGGGUUGAUGAUGACCUGGCAGAAAGCCAUAAUGAUAAUGAAGUUUCAUUGGACGAGACUGCUGUGGGACUUGAGCCAGAGCUUCAGGCUUCAGAUACGCUGCAGAACCCCAUCGACACAGUUCAAGUUCAACCAAUGCAAAAUAUGGAUAUUUCCAGAGAACUAACUGCUAAAAAUUCUGAUUACAGUGAAAAUGGGUCAGAUACAGGUGCUCAGCCUGAUUUCCCUAGCCAGCCUGAAAGCGCUAGCACUGAGGAUUCUGCGAGUGACCAGAACAAAAUGGACCAGUCGUAUACCGCAUCGUCCGCUGAGGCCCAACCGCCGGAGAGUGUUGGAAAUGAUCAUCUGAAGAGUGAGGAAAAAAGCAGCAAUUCUAUUUUGAAUCAGAGUAGCUCUGAUUCUCAGACCUUCAGUGUUUCCCAGGCAUUAGAUGCUUUGACAGGGAUGGAUGAUUCCACGCAAAUGGCUGUGAACAGUGUAUUCGGUGUAAUAGAAGAUAUGAUCACUCAACUGGACAAUAAAACCGAAGUUGACGAUAAGAAUGAGGUCGUGGAAGAGGGAACUGGCUCUCUAACUGAGAACCCUCAAUUUGCUAAAGAGUAUAAUGGCUCCGUGAGGAAAGAAAAAAGAGGAAGUGAUCUGAACUCACAAUCUGACAUGUUAGAUAAUAUGUCUUCAAAUGGAGGGAGGGAUUCACUGAAGGAUUCAAGAACCAGAUGGGUGGAGGAGGAGAAAUAUAUAGAAAGCCCUGAUUCAUUUAAGGGGAACAACAUUGAUAAGUCUGGGGAAAAUCAUAUGGUUAGCCAUGUGAAUAAGGCAGGAAGUGGAACAACUGAAUUGUUGGCAAGCAGUAAACCUUUGUCCGAGCAGUCAAAUAAAGUUAGACAUUUGCAUACCAUACCAUUGUUUAUAACUAGAAACGCAUAUGGUGACCCUUUUUACAAGGAAUACCUUCGUAAGUAUCUACUUUCAAAGGUACAGAAUGCUGAAUCGCUAGACUUGGAUAGAACUACUGCUUUGUUUCUUGAGUAUAUUCCAGAAAAAGACCAGUGGAAGCUUUUAGAACAACCUGAAAAUAAUGAAGGUUCUGGUGCUGAUAUUGCUCCUCGGGAAGGUGUCAAGGAAGUUACUCAAGCUCACUCACCUUCAAAGGCAGAUACAGACCAAAUUAUUGAACCAUCAUAUGUUAUUAUGGAUGCUGAGCAACAACAAGAACCUGUUCGAGAGAAUAACGCAGUAGACAAAACGAAUGAAGGAGUUGCUAUCAGAAAUGAUAGAUCAGAGAGCUUUGUUAAGAAUGUUAUAUCGGAUUCGUUGAAGGUCGAAGUUGGCCGAAGGCUAAGUGCAGAAAGCAUGAAUGAGAUGGAGCCCAAUCUUUCCAGAGAUAUUGAACACUUUGCAAAUGCCGUGUCUCUGGCUGCAAGCAAGAGUCAAAUAUGGUUCUUGGAUGGUGAAGACUGCAAUUUAGGAAAACUAGGUACACUUAAUGGAGAGGAUUUAGUAAAGGCUAUGUCUUUUGCUAUUCAGGAAACCAGUUAUUUGACAAAUGUUCUCCCAUAUGGUGUUAUUGUGGGCUCUUGCUUAGCUGCUUUGAGAAAAUUCUUUGAUGUCGCUGCAGUAAAUGGUAUUGACCAAAGGGAAGUUAUGGCCCUUGAUCAAAUUGACCCUUCUGUGGAAAGGAAUCGUGUUCACCUAGUUGAAACAGAGACUGAUCGAGUUCUUGUUAACAAACUUGACGAUAAUUACACUGAGUCCAAAAGCACAGAUGGACAAAAUAUUGAUUUAAGCAAAGUAAGCAGUGGGACCAUCAUGGCUGGUGCUGUGACAGCUGCCCUUGGAGCAUCUGCUUUGCUGGUGCGUCAACGGGAUUCAGAUAAAGGUACACCAACAUCUCGAACCUUGGCCAAUUCCUCUGAGGAGAAGGAAAAUUGUCACGAGGAGCCUGACAAGCUUGAGCAGCAUAUCUCAGAGAAAAGCGAGAAUAACAUAGUUACAAGCAUAGCAGAGAAAGCCAUGUCUGUUGCUGGUCCAGUGGUACCUGUGAAAAAAGAUGGCGAAGUGGAUCAAGACAGGCUGGUGGCAUUGCUGGCUGGAUUGGGACAACAGGGUGGCAUGCUGAAGCUGUUUGGUAAAGUUGCUAUGCUUUGGGGUGGUAUACGGGGUGCUAUGAGUUUGACUGAUAAGCUUAUCUUAUUUCUGCGUCUUGCUGAAAGGCCUUUGUUGCAGAGGAUACUUGGGUUUGUCUGCAUGGUGCUUGUUUUGUGGUCACCAGUUCUUGUUCCGCUACUUCCCACACUUGUGCAGAGUUGGGCAUCACAUAACUCCUCCAAAUUUGCUGAGCUUAUUUGCAUUAUUGGCCUCUAUUCUUCUAUCGCAAUACUUGUUAUGCUAUGGGGAAAAAGAAUUCGAGGGUAUGACAAUCCAUUUGAGCAAUAUGGGCUGGAUUUUACUUCGUCAUCAAAGAUCCAAAACUUUCUGAAGGGAUUGGUUGGAGGAGUUGUGGUUGUUUUAUCAAUACAUUCUUUAAAUGCAUUACUCGGCUGUGUUCGUCUGUCAUGGCCUUCCACUUUCAUUUCAUAUUCUUCGGAUAUUGUGUCAUGGAUCAAAGUAUAUGGCAAGAUGGUUUUACUUGUUGCUCAAGGAAUGGUGACAGCAACAGGUGUUGCCUUGGUAGAAGAACUGAUAUUCAGGGCAUGGUUGCCAGAUGAAAUUGCCACAGAUCUUGGAUAUUACCGUGGUAUUAUUAUUUCAGGACUUGCCUUCUCCUUACUUCAAAGGUCCCCAUGGGCAAUUCCGGGCCUAUGGCUUUUGUCAUUGGGUUUGGCAGGAGCUCGGCAAAGAAGCGGAGGUAGCCUCUCCAUUCCAAUUGGGUUGCGCGCAGGCAUAAUGGCUUCAAACUUUGUCCUACACACGGGUGGUUUCUUGACUUGUAAGCCCAAUUUUCCCAUGUGGGUAACCGGUCCUCACCCGUUCCAGCCAUUUAGUGGGAUUUCUGGUCUUGGUCUCUCUUUACUUUUGGCAAUGGUUCUUCAUCCAAGGGAGCCGAACCCAUCAGAAGAAAAGCACAAUGAUAAUUCGUGAAUUCAAAAUUUCAGGAAUCGAGACAGAGUUGAUUGCAAAGAAUUUUCUGCAUAUUUGUGGUCACUCUGUCUCAGUCCUACAUCCACUGUAAACAGAGUUGGAAUGCUUGUGGAAAGUAGAGAAGAAAUCAAACACUCAGAUCGUGAAGGGCCCAGACAUUUCCAGCUUGCUUCAAGGGCUGGCAUUCUCAGUGGCUAAUGCUGUGUUUGGAUGACAGUUUUGAAAAGAAUUUUUGAGGUAAUGAUGGAGAGAGAAAGUAAGGUAAUAAUUGAAGAUAUGGGUAAUAUAUGGAGAGAUAUAAAUAGAGUAAUAAUUGAAGAUAAUGAGAGUAAUGAUUAGAAGUACGGGUAAUGAGUAUUUUUUGAGUUGAAA